CACACGGGUUGGCGAGUAACCUUUCGCGUCGCGCCCCCCCACGGCGGGAGGAUGAUGGCGAGCCACCACCACGACGCGCUGUGGGCGAAGCUGCACGAGCUGGAGGUGCAGCUCGCGGCGUACAAGCUCCUGCGCGCCGCGCGCGGCUGGGGCGGGGAGGACGCCGGCGCGCCCGGUUGCGGGGGCGGGGCCGCCGGGACGGCGCCGGGGGGCGCCGCCUGCCGCGGCAGGCAGUACGACGCCUACAUGCGCCGCCGCGACGCCAGGCGCGUGUCGGCGGAGCAGCAGCAGGCGGCGAAGGCUCGGGCCACGCGCGCCGCGGGGCGCGCCACGCCGGUGAGCCCGCGCGCGGUCCGGUGCGCAGCGCGGGACGCGAUGGAGGCGGGCGCCGCCACGCCGCGGCUCGCCACCGCUCAGGCGAAGAGGACGCCGCCGGCCUUAUCCAUCCCCAGCACCCCGAGGAGGGACGCCGCGGCGCUGCCGAGGAGCAGGACCGUGACCGGCGGCGGCGCGGCGGGCAGCCCGGCGAGGCCGUCGCACCACCAGAGGCGCAACAGCCUCGGCGCGCUCGCCGAGUUCGGCGAGUGCGCCACGCCGAGGCCGUUCCUGAAGCGCGGCACGGGCACGGGCGGCGCGGCGGCGCCCGCGAGGCUGCGGACGCCGCGGGUGCAGGACCUCCCGGCGAUCGACGUGACCAGCAGCACGCCAAGGCCGCUGCCGCCGCAGCAGGAGCCCGCGCACGCCCACGCCCACGCGCCGCGCCACGCCCGAUCCGUGUCCGAGCUGCCGUUCGACGCGGCGGCGCUGGCCUCGCCGCAGGCGCAGGCGUGGGCGAGGAAACGGUGGGGCAGCCCGGAGAGGCCGGCCGCGAUGUUCUCGGCCGCCAGCGCCGGCGACUCGCACCGGGACCUGUCCAAGGGGCUCAGGAAGCUGCUGAGCUUCGUGCGCAAGGGCGGCGGCAGGAGCAGCGGCGCCGGCGACCAGCAGCCUUUCCCGGCGCCCAGCCCGCGCGGGGGCGGGAAGCCCGUGAGCAAGGGGUGGGCGGGCUGCUCCCCCGUCGACGUCCCCUUGGUCGACCGCGCGAGCCUGGACCUGGAGGGGCACCGGUUCCCCAUGACGCGCGCGGUUGGCAUCUCCGGAUGAGGAAGCCUUGAUCUGCGUCCAGGUGGUGGUUCGAGCCAGGGUGUCGUUGCUCACUGGCAUCUCCGGAUUAGGAGCAUGAAGGAACUACUAGCGAUCAAGCCCGGCUCAGAAUGCAAGAAAAUUUGUCUUCUUCCUCCCAUUCUCACGUUGGGAUCGAGCUAUUUUUUCUUGAAGAAUUCCUGGGUUUCGAGUAGGUCGUGGCGACGAGUAGCAUCGUCGGUAAUCGAAUUUUUGUUGUCUGUGUGGUUAGUGAUGGAAUUUGUGGCUUUUCAUGGUACUGUACAAAGGUGGUUAAACACUUAAACGAA